AUGAGUGAGCUGUUGGAAGAAACCAGAGCCAACACCGAGUAUAUUCGCAGCAAAGGCUACCGUGUCGUAGAGAUGUGGGAGUGUGACUGGCGGCAAAUGAAGAGAACCAACCAAGAACUACAGCGUUUUAUCGCCACGGAAGUCCGCAGAACCUUGGAUACGAUCAAGAUUAUGAGCCGGGGGCUAAUUUUGAGCGAGGUGCGAAAUGGGCGUUUGUUUGGGUGUGUGGAAGUAAAUAUUCGUGUGCCUCAGCAUUUAAAGGAGAAGUUUAGUGAAAUGUGCCCCAUCUUCAUUAACACAGAAAUCAGCCGCGACGAUAAUGGAGACGUCAUGCAAACUAAUGCUGAGGAACACAACAUCAUGGCUCAGCCUCGGCGAAGCUUGAUUGGGAGUAUGAAAGGUGAAAAAAUCUUGUUUGCCACAACCCUCCUCAAGUGGUACCUAGAACACGGCUUGGAGGUCACCAAAGUGCAUCAAGUGGUCGAGUUCACCCGUGAGCCCUGUUUCAAAUCUUUUGGGCAUGCAGUGUCUGGGGAUGCUGAUCCUAGGAAGGCCAUCAUUGCAGAUACCAUGAAACUUGUAAGUUUUUGUUCCAUUCUUUCAGUCAUAAAGGGGUGGGAACAAUCUCUCAGGUGGGCAAUUCAGGCUAUGGUAAGACAAUCGCCAACCAAUUGAAGCAUAUGAAUGUGGAGUACUGCAGUGACGCUGAAGCUAGCAGGAAAGUGAACACCCAC